CCAAAUCCAGCUGGGUCGUCAAACCUAGGGUUUAUAAAUUACCCUCAAACACACAGCGCAGAUUACUUUCACGUGAGCUAUUUUUUGGUCUCGGCGUUUGCUUCCACAGCUAAGGAAAGAAAGAGGGUUCUCAUUUCAUUUCUAGAGUUGCAGUGCCAGCUUAUCUUCCUAGAUAUAUAAGAUGCCGAGGACAAGGGCCAGUGCUGCAGCUACUAAAUCUGAACCUGAGAAGCCUGUUGAGACUGAAGAGCAGGUUGACUUUGAAGGGGAUAAUGAAGAAGAUGAAGAGAUUGAGUAUGAAGAAGUAGAAGAAGAGGUGGAAAUGGAAGAGGUGGAAGAAGAAGAAGAAGAGGUAGAAGAGGAGGUGGAAGAAGAGGAGGAGGAGGAGGAGGAAGAAAAUGAAAGUGAUGGAGCUGGGGAAGCAAAGGGUUCGAAGGAUGUAAAAAUGAAAGUUGAUACAGACGCUGAGGAUGUGGAAAAAAAGCAUGCCGAGCUCCUUGCACUUCCUCCUCACGGUUCAGAAGUGUACAUAGGUGGCAUUACUCAAGAUGUGUCUGAGGCAGAUGUGAGGGAUUUUUGUGAGACAAUUGGGGAAGUUACAGAGGUAAGAAUAAUGAAAGGGAAGGACUCAACACAGAACAAGGGAUACGCGUUUGUCACCUAUAGAAACAAGGAAUUGGCAUCCAAGGCUAUUAAGGAGCUCAACAACACUGAGCUGAAGGGAAAAAGGGUAAAAUGUUCUCCAGCUCAAGCUAAACAUCGGUUGUUCAUUGGUAAUGUUCCUAGAAACUGGGGGGAGAAAGAUAUGAGGACAGCUGUGACGAAUGUGGGACCUGGGGUUAUUACUAUUGAGCUGGUGAAGGAUCCUCAGAACUCCGGUAGAAAUCGUGGAUUCGCUUUUAUAGAAUAUUACAAUAAUGCAUGUGCAGAGUAUUCAAGACAAAAGAUGUCAAAUUCUGACUUUAAGCUUGAUGAUAAUGCACCAACUGUCAGCUGGGCAGAUCCCAAAAAUGCUGAAACUGCUGCUUCUGCACAGGUUAAAGCAGUGUAUGUGAAGAACUUGCCCAAAAACAUUACUCAAGACAAGCUAAAAGAGUUGUUUGAACAUCAUGGGAAAAUUAUGAAAGUAGUUCUUCCUCCAGCUAAACCAGGGCAGGAACAGAGCAGAUAUGGCUUUGUUCACUUUGCUGAGAGGUCAAGUGCUAUGAAGGCGCUGAAGAACACUGAGAGAUAUGAGAUAGAUGGAAAAAUACUGGAGUGUUCACUCGCAAAGCCUCAGGCAGAUCAGAAAUCUUCUGGAGGAUCAAGCUCACAAAAGGGGCCCACACUUCCAACUUACCCUCCUCGUAUUGGCUAUGGCAUGGUUGGAGCUCCCUAUGGUGCUCUAAGUGCAGGAUAUGGUGCUGCAGGUGUUGGCCAACCACUGGUCUAUGGAAGAGGAGCUACACCUGCUGGCUUGGCGAUGAUGCCGAUGCUUUUGCCUGAUGGAAGGAUUGGAUAUGUGCUGCAACAACCAGGUGUUAUGCAUUCCCCACCUCCAGCAUCACGUGGUGGCCGCAGUGGCGGAGGAGGUUCAAGUGGUGGAAGGCGGGGUGACAGUGGACGGGGGCGUUCCCGGUACAACCCUUACUAGGUGUAAAUGAGCGCAGCAAUGUGUUAUUAAAGAACAAUAUUUGAGGGUAUUCACUUUGACAAUUUAAGUUAUUUGACUGAUGUAUCUGUAGCCUGUUUAAAGAAUUUACUCUUAUCUGUAGUGUCUCCCUUUAACAAACUCUCUUCAUGUCAAUUUUCCCCUGUUAAAGUAAAUGUUUGCACUUCUACC